ACUGGGAUUUGCCCUUGUCCCCCUGCCUUGCACCGCGUCAUUAGCUGCCCUUUAGCGCUCAAGGGGAUGAGUGCGGCGAGUCUGUCCCAGUUAUGAGGCAUAUUGGGAAGAAGGGCUCUGAAUAAACAUUGUUGCAUUAGCAUUAUGGUUACUUUAUGGUUGACACCUUGAUUGUUUCUGGAUACGAGAGCAGGAACUGGCCUCGCACCUUUCUUGGUGGAAGGUUGUUUCAGGGCUGCUUGUAAAACAUGGUAAUUUUACUGUGACUGGGUUGUUCUUUUGCAGGUGGCUUUGCCGUCUCUUUCCCCUACAAUGCAGAUGGGGACUAUCGCUCGGUGGGAGAAGAAGGAAGGGGAAAAGAUCAGCGAGGGAGAUCUGAUUGCAGAGGUGGAAACGGACAAAGCGACGGUGGGGUUUGAGAGUAUGGAAGAAUGUUACUUGGCCAAGAUCCUGGUAUCAGAAGGGACAAGGGAUGUUCCCAUUGGGUCUGUAAUAUGCAUCACAGUUGAAAAGCCUGAGUUUAUUGAUGCCUUUAAGAAUUUUACCUUGGAUUCCAUAGCAUCUGCUGUCCCAGCAGCCUCAGUGCCUCCCCCUCCAGCAGCAGCUCCCCCAACACCAGCUCAGCCUUCUGUGCAGGCUCCAGGAAGCUCUUACCCUCCUCACAUGCAGAUUCUUCUCCCGGCUCUCUCGCCUACAAUGACGAUGGGUACGGUUCAAAGGUGGGAGAAGAAGGUUGGUGAGAAACUGAGUGAAGGAGACUUACUGGCAGAAAUUGAAACAGACAAAGCCACGAUAGGCUUUGAAGUGCAGGAAGAAGGUUACCUGGCAAAAAUUCUGGUUUCUGAAGGAACAAGGGAUGUGCCCUUAGGAACGGCACUCUGCAUCAUUGUGGAGAAGGAGUCUGAUAUUCCAGCAUUUGCUGACUAUAGGGAGACUGGAGUAGCUGACAUCAAACCACAAGCACCACCCCCCACUCCGGUGGCAGCUCCUCCUCCCCAGCCCACUGUCCCUUCAGCUCCAGCAGUCUCCCCACCUGGGGCUCCUGUACAUAAAGGAAGAAUAAUAAUUAGCCCCGUGGCGAAGAAAUUGGCAGCAGAAAGAGGAAUCGACAUUGCACAAGUGAAAGGUACUGGACCAGAUGGCAGAAUCACGAAGAAAGAUAUUGAGUCAUUUGUGCCUCCAAAGGUUGCCCCUGCUGAGGCAACUCCUGUGCCACCUGCAGUUCCAGCAGCACCUCCUACAGGCGUCUUCACAGAUGUCCCCGUUAGUAAUAUUCGGAGGGUUAUCGCUCAGCGUUUGAUGCAGUCUAAACAAACAAUACCUCACUACUAUCUGUCAAUUGAUAUAAACAUGGGAGAAAUACUGGUGCUCAGAAAAGAACUCAAUAAGGAGGUGUCAGAGAACAUUAAGCUUUCUGUCAAUGACUUCAUCAUUAAAGCUUCAGCUCUGGCAUGUAUGAAGGUUCCUGAAGCAAAUUCGUCCUGGUUGGACACUGUUAUCCGGCAAAAUCACGUUGUGGAUGUUAGCAUUGCAGUGAGUACUCCUGUGGGGCUCAUAACUCCCAUCGUGUUCAAUGCGCACAUAAAGGGAUUAGCUUCUAUUAGUAAAGACGUUGCCUCUUUGGCAACCAAAGCACGAGAAGGGAAACUCCAGCCCCACGAAUUCCAGGGAGGCACUUUUACAGUUUCCAAUUUAGGAAUGUAUGGGAUUAAGAAUUUCUCUGCCAUAAUCAACCCACCUCAGGCCUGUAUUCUGGCAGUUGGUACUUCAGAGAACCGACUGGUGCCAGCAAAUAAUGAGAAGGGGUUUGAUGUGGCCAGCAUGAUGUCAGUUACUCUUAGUUGUGACCAUCGAGUUGUGGAUGGAGCAGUUGGAGCCCAGUGGCUUGCUGAGUUCAAAAAGCUCCUUGAAAAACCAGCAACCAUGCUGCUAUAAUCGAACCAAGCAACCAAGACUUUCCUGAGUUACAUUAUUUUGUUCUAAUCAAGCUAUUUAUAUUUCGGUGGUUAGACUCUGUUAAAAAACAUCUUCCUUUAUUUUAAAUAUGUAUAUUAGCUGGUAAUUUUUACCAGUCUGUACAGAUAAAUAGUUUGAAGAAGGCUUUACAGAGCAAUAUACAGUUAUACUGUAUUUUAUACAGUUAAUGAAUUUGCCAACGUUUCUAAAAAAAGAAGUCAAGUGUCUUGAAUUUCAAAUCAUGUGAGCAUUGUAUGCUUCAUAUGUACUUCAUGUGUGCUCCAGAUUGGGGGUGGGAGUGGGUGUUAGGUGAGGAAGAAGUAUACCAAGAUAUCUAAUCUCUUGUAUUCUCCAAAAUAAGAGAAUCAAACUGUAAACAUCUGUGUUAAAUAACUGGGAAGGUUUGGUAGUUGAAAUCAAUAAGCUAGGUUGUUGGGUUUUUUUAAAUUGAACCCUAAGUGGUCUGGUCUCCUGCUAGUAUUAGUGAGAGCAACAGGCACACAUUGAGAGGAGGAAUAGAUCCCUUGGAAUACUUUUUUCAUAGGACAAAAGAUUUACAUUGGAAUUCCUCCUUGUAUUUCAACAUUAGCUUAGAUUUUUACUACUAAAUGAUCCCUGUCAAAACAGUACAAUCAAAUCUCUUCUGAAUGCCACAGAGAAUGUGCUCCAUCUUUCACUUGUGUGUGUUUUUGUAUGAAAUUAUCUUACAUGGUUGCUUGCCCUCUUGCAACAGGGUGUAUUGUUAACACUGCAGUGGAAAUAGUUGUUCUGCAGAAUGGUUAGGAGAAUUUCUUGCUAUGUGUGUUAAUAUCCACUGUUAGCAUGUGUAAUUUGGACAUUGGAAUUCUAUCCCUGGGCAUAAUUUCUUUGAUGACGUGUAUGCUUGAAAAUUGUUUUUUCAGACAUUCUUGACACAGGAAGCUCUGACGUCAGUUGAGGUCAUUGAUAUCACAAUUCUUGGAUGAAAUGUAUUUACUGUCCCAGCCUUAGUAAACUGCAAAGUGUGCUGUCCAUGUAUAUAGUGUAUGUAAAAUGCUUUCAGAUGUUUUCUGUUGGACUUGUGCCCAAAUGCAUUAAUCAUUGUGUCCUACAAUGGUGAUGGGGAAGAAUACAACGGUGGCCUCUCUUAAAAUUCCACUUUCCAAUAGGAAAUUUUAAUUUAUAAAAAAGGAUCAUGUAAUUGAUCAGUGACCAGGAGAGCUUGGUAGAAACAAAAGGUUAAAUUAUUUACAUAAACUUAUUCUGUACCUUAUGCAUUGCAUUAAAUAUAUUCUCUUGUAAAGUUGUUACAGAAUUCACUAAAGAUAAUGAAAAAAUAUACUGUGGAGAUUAAAUAUUUUUGUGAGAACUAUUUAACGUUUUACUCGGUUGCAGAUGUGCCUAACUUUGGUUGGGUAAGAAGAAAAGUAGUUGCACUUCAGUUUUAAAAUGUUCUCAUUUUCUCCAGUUCAGAUUCUCUAGUGGGCCCAUUGUUCUAUUAAAUCUUUGGAAUUGUUAGACUAAUAAAAAUAGUCCCUA